AUGCCCAACCGAGCUACGACCCAACGAUACACUAUGUCGAAGCUUGCCGAUCUCCAUUACGCCAAGGCUUUGGCAGAGCGAGAGCAACACGUCAAGGUUAUUCCUGUCCAUCCGGGGAUGGUUGCCACCAACCUUCACCAUGCUUCCACCGGCAUGUUUCUCAAACCCUUCCUGAACGCAGCCAUAUUCUUUGCUACACCUGUGGAAAAGAGUGCUUUAUCGCAGAUCUGGGCAGCUGUGAGCCCUGACGCAAAGAGCGGGCAAUACUACGGUCCUACUGCUAAGGCUGAAUCUGGUUCGAAACUCAGCCAGGACCGCAAACUUCAGGAGAGCAUUUUUGGAUGGAUUCAGAAGGAACUCAAAGAAUACGUGGAAACCAUUGAAUAA